GCGUUUCCACGUUUCAGCAGCCAGCCGGUGACUGAGCAGAGCAGCAGAGCAGACGGACGGAGAGCGGAAUCACGACCCUCCUCUUCUAUUUCUCUCUUUUAUUACCUGCAAACACCUGACUGACUGACUGACAGCUCGUCUCACCUGUGUCCCCUUCACGGCCCCUCCACCUCUGAUGACACAGACUCAAAUCCAUCCCUGAAACCUGCAGAAAGUGACUAAAAGGAUUGGACUUUUUCUUUCCUUCUCCUGCAGCACGUCUAUCCUUCUCUCUGUCUCUCUCACAGAGCUGCAGCUUUCUGUGACAUCCAGGGGAGAUUAUCUUCCUGCAGACUCCCUCAUCUCUCUCUCCUCUGUCUCCUGUCUGUAGCUGACUCAUAUCUGCUGAGCUUUGGGACCAUGGCGGAGUACAGCUCUCUGCUCAGCGACCUGUCUGAAAACAUCACCAACGAGGACUUGGAGCAGCUCAAGUCGGCCUGCAAGGAGGACAUCCCCGAGGACCAGAGCAACAACAUCACCUCCUCCAAGGAGUGGUUCAGCUACCUGGAGAAGAACGACAAGCUGGCCCAAGAUAAUCUGUCAUACAUCGAGCACAUCUUCGAGAUUUCGCGGCGACCGGACCUGCUGACGAGGGUGAUCGAGUACCGCACCACCGUGCUCAAGAUCUCCGAGGAUGACGAGAUCGACACCAAGCUCACACGCAUCCCAUCAGCCAAGAAAUACAAAGACAUCAUCCGCCAGCCCUCUGAAGAUGAGAUCAUCAAGUUGGCCCCCCCCCCCUAAAAAAGUGUGAGGUGGCGACCCGCCACCCCGAUCUUUGCACCUUGAUUUCUCCUCUCACGGCACUCCAAUCAACCGACCGACCGUUUCUGACCAACCCCGUCACUCCCCCACCUCGCCCCCCUCGCACACACACACAUCCAGCCACGCACCCUCCUUGCACUAACACAUGCCGUGACACAGAACCACGCAGGCAGCCACCGACCAAGCGACCAAUCAGAUCGUAGCGAAGCAGCCUCUUCCCAAGCUGAGAGGGGGAGACUGGAAGCUGCGUAAAAAAGAGACACUAGAAGAAGAAGAAAUCUGGGACGGACCGACAGUGUAUGUGUGUGUGAGGAGAGAGAGUGAGAGAGAGAGAGAGAGCCAAAGUCUACCCUCGAUUCGAACACUGAGCGGGUCAGUUCAGAAUGAGUGUAAUCUGUAAACACUGUUCAAUCUGUGAUGCUGUGCUGAUAUGCAACCGUCUGUGUGUGUGUGUGUGUGUGCAUGUCAGCGAAGGUUGUUAGAGUUAAAACAUCCUCCCAUGAAGCAUUUGAAACUACAAAACCCUGCCUUCAAAAACUUACCAACAAAAGUGAAAUGGCAAAGUUUUAUUUUUUCAGAAAUUCUGAAAGUGUCAGAAAGCUGAUAGGUAACCAUAGAAAGCUGUGUACGCGUUGUAUUUACAGUGACACAUAACUGUGACUAACAUAAAUUCAGCUAUAGUGCUUAAUUGUUCAAUUGAUAUUCAAUUUGAAUAUGCAAGAUAGCCAAAAUGUCAUGACUGACGGACUGAAAACUCCUUGGAGAUAAGACGAAACUAAAACAUGUAAAUACUUGGUUUACAUUGUCAAAAAAAAAGAAUUUCAAAAUAAAACUGCAGCUAAGUAAGUAAAUACUUAAAAAGAAAUGGAAAAAUUAAUCUAAAUCUCACAUAUAUGACUGUGAUGACAUAUUAGGACCAUUGUAGGUAAAAAAAAUAAAUAAAUUACGAAAUUUCUCGUAAAUUUACGACUUUAAUCUCAGAUAAUAUCAAAGUUUUUCAGAAUAAGAGUAUUUUUUUUUUUUUUUUUUUUUUUACCUGCAAUGGCCCUAAUACACGGUCGUAGACUUUGGUUCGUUUCUAUGAAAGUUCUUGGUUUUGUGUGUAGCUGCAUUAAUAGUUCAGGUGUGUUUGUAAUGUUAAAGGGAUAGUUCAACAUUUUUGGGAAAGAUUCUCAUCUAACUCUCGGCAAAAAAAUUAAAAGAAUGAAAGAAUUCCACAAAAUGUCGAACUAUUCCUUUAAAAUCCAUAUAGUUCAUUAAAAAUAUUUAGUUACCAUCUUCUUGACUCUUUUGGCCACAUUGCCACGAGGUCGCUGCAUUUGAAACUAAACUUUAAGUCCAACUUAAAGGACAGGACGAUCACUGUUCCUCAGCUGGAGGUUCUGUACGCAUUCCCUUUACUCUUACGCAGAUAAUUAUAUCAUGUUUCAAGAGCAAAAAAAAAAAAAAAGUAAUAUUUUAGAAAAGAUAUUUAAAGUUGAUUUUCAUAGGAAAAGCCAAUAUUUGCCUUUAGCUUCUAAUCAUAGCAAGAGUUAUUUAGAGAAAAUAUUUAGAUGGGAAAGUUAUAGCAAUUAUUUCUGUACUAUGGAUGUUCCCGGUCCAUAGGUUCUCUUUUCAUCAAGGGGACCAGUUAGCAUGAAAGUCUGUCGUAUGAGCUGGCUAGAGCUGUAAAUAUACAAAUAAUAUAUUAGAAGAAAACAUAGCAGAAAUAAUAUAUUGACCUGCAGUGUGUGUUCCAUAGAGGGCACUUUCACCGUUUCACCGUGUCUGGUUUUGACACUUAAUUAUAUCUAAUCUGAAACUAUUGAUAUGAAAAAACACUUACCGAGCACUAAAAAGUACAUGUACAUUAGAGGAUACAAAAGUAUAUUUUGAGAAAUCAUAUUGGAUAUUGUUUCGUGACACGUAAUGAGACAAAACACUAAACUUUAUUUCACCCGUCUUGUCGCCAUUUCAUUUGUCGCACUGAAAAUAACUGACCAGCUUGUGGUUUUUCACUGAAUGAAAGAGGACAAACUAAGGUGACAGAAAAAGGAGAAAAUGUCCGAAAGCAAACACGGCAUGUGAUCAUAAAACAUGUCCUUUAAUAAACUGUACAUAAAGUAGAUUGUGACAAGGAUCUCUAAUGAACACAACGGCUCAUAACCCGCUGACUAUGCCAUUCCCGCCAUGCACCAACAUAAUAGCUAGCAAGACUGUUGAAACUAAACUAUAAUAACUGCUCUUUUGAACACUGUGUCUCUUUCCUCCCCCGCGCGUCGAAGCCUUAGCUGACUUUGUGUUUACCCCGAAAUGUUUCCCUAUACUGUGAGAGAUUGUGCGUGCGAAGCGGAGGCGGACGCACGUAAUCAAAAACGGCUCUCGCUUUUAAAGAGUGCUUUUAUUCUGAAAUUUGCUAAGGACUUCAGUGUGUACAGAAUGUCUGUGGGUCUAUUUCUGCCCCUCCGGUUUUGUUGUUAUCAAAGCUGUAGGAUAAAAAACAAAUGAACCAACAUAAAAAUCUAUCAGUGUAUGACUAGUCAUUAUUCCCAGUCCCGCUACCUUCCUACUUCCUUUCCCUCGCCACCGCGCUCCACUCCAACCCCAGUGCCAACGACCAAGACUUUUAUUUCGAUCACAGUUUCCGUGAUCGUUUUUUUUUUUUUUUUUUUUUGUAUUGCUCUCUGUAUAUCGUAGUGUUGGACUGAAUUGUAUCCUAUGCAUUUACGUCUGUAGGAAAACUCUGCACUGUAACAUAUCCUCCCAACAAAUAACUUAAUCUAAAGAACUGAAGUCUUUUAUUGUGACACGUCAGGGUGUUUGACAAAGAUCCUGAUUUUCUUGUGUUGAAUCUGCAUGACGGAUGUGCUGGGUGGCACUGUGGAAAGAAAAUGAAUGCUUGUUACCCAAUGUUCAUUGUUUUAAAACUGGUUGGGAGAAAUACCUGUCUGACCAACUAUACUGUAGAACUCCCAUUCUACUCUUUUGCAAGCAAAGUCUUGAAGUAACACACAUUCAAUAGUCCUUUAAUGCCUGCAAUUGUGUGAGGAGGUUUAAUAGUUUACAAACAGUGGUUUCUUUGCAUAAAAUGUUGAGUUAAUCUAGGCCAGAUCAAGCUUUCUAUUGUACUGUUAAAGGAAUAGUCCACCCUUAAAUACUUUAACACUGUUAUAUAUGCUUUGGAUUCAAUUGGGCCCAUUUUGCAGUUCAGGUUUUAUCCGUUCACCGAGUGGUGGGUGGCGUUGUCGGUCAGUCGGUCCACCACUUUGGUCCUUUCUGGUCCUUUGUGAUUCAAGAGGUUCAGGACACUCCCAUGAUGUCUUAAAGGACCAGUGUGUAACAUAGGGGGAUCUGUUGGCUUGGGCCGGAGCCGAUAACGUCACUCACUGCCGCCGUCGUCGCCGCCGCUCUUUCUCUCUCUUGCUUCAUCACUCACUUCCCACGUACACACACACACUCUACGCACUGGCUCUGCUCUAAAUGAACUACGCUACUCCUAAAACAACUGGCUCUAGAUAGGGCCGUUCAUGUUUUCGUGUCGGCCGCCGUAGUUCUUCUAACCCGCUUGGCACACGGGAGAGGCUUCAGUUGGUUGCAAUCUCACUGCUAGAUACUGCUAGAUCCUACACACGGCUCUCUUAAGCAGGAAUAUUUAAUGAAUGAAGCUUGGCCAUGGGAGAAUAGAGCAGAGCAAUGCAAGUGGAGACAGUGCAGUUCCACCCCAAUUCUGGAGAUUAUCAUGCCUGCAGGGAAUCUUCACCCCUUACAGAAGUGACUACCUGCCCAAAUAAGGAUAUUCAGGAUAUUCUACAUGGGACUGCAUCAUCAAGCCGUACAUGUAAAGAUCUUAUUGGGUACCAAAUCAUAAACAUAAAUCGUCUGUAUAGUCUAUCGUCCUUUCCAGGAAGGGAGGCUGGCUGCUUUUGACUGUUUACCUAUGAGCAUAGGGUCUGCGAUGACUUGGGUUGCUAGGGCAACAACCAUACCUUAUCAGUAUCUUCCCAGCUGGCCAUUGAACUAUUGCCUUACGCUAUACUCAUAAAUAUUAUAAGCCAAACUAAGACUGAAUAAUAACUAAGACCAAAUAUGAAGGUGAAGUAUUGGAUCGAUUGCCGUGAACUUUGGUACGUCCAUUCAUGGUCGCCAGAGGAUGAAUUCUGAUGACUUUGGUGAUCCUCUGACUUUUUCUUCUAGCACCACCAUCAGGUUGACAUUUGUUGUUCAGUGUAAAAUGCCUCAACAACUAUUGGGUGGAUUGCCAUGGAAUUUGGCACCGAGAUACAUUGUCCACUCAGGAGCAAUUAUAAUAACUAACUGACAUCUAGCGCCACCAUCAGGCCAACAUUUGUAUUAGUCCAUUACUUUGGUAUUUGACCAAACACUUGCAAAAGUAAUGAGUAAUAAGUUCCCAUAGGCCCCAACUGUACUAAGACGGUGAACAUGGUAAACAUUAUAAUGUUAGCAUGCAGGUGUUUGCAUUUAGCUCAAAGCACCACUGUGCCACCAGCUCUCUAACUCUUAGUCCUGUUUAUAUGUGAAGCCAUAUCUCAGUUUUUAACAUUUUAUGUUUUAUUCUUCCACAACAUCAACCCUUAUGUUUUUGUCCCUUAAGAUCAAAGAGAAAAGGGCUUCUUUUAAACUCUGUUUUUGUAGUUUUUGCAUCAACUUUUAACAGUAAUAUGGGGAGAAACUAACGUAGGUGUUUACAAAAGUCUAACCAAAAAACUGUAGAAUGCAACACUUCAUCACAAAAUAUAUCCAGGUAUAUGCACUGAUGAUAAUAAUAUAUCAGUGUCAGAAGUAUUUCUGGGUGGAUUUUUUUCCCUUCAGCGUCCAGACUAGCCCUCGCUAGGCCUGACCCCAAGUGAAGCGGUAGCUGCCCUCCUGUAGCUUGAGCCUAGUGAACACAAAGUGGGACCACUGCAUUUAUUACAGAGCUGAACAUGAGUGCAUAUUGUCAGGCAAAGGGAGGCAGUUGAACUUACUGCUAUGACCUGUGGGUAAUGGUCUUUCCCAGCGUUAAAAUGGAUGUGAUUAUUGGCCAUAAAUGUUUUCCACAGUGAAGAGCUUUGGUGACUUUACAAACCAAAAGGCAGGUGUUUUCUUUCCAGAUCUUAGCAUGUGUUUCCAUUAUUGUACAAAAUUUCAGCAAGGGAGGAUUUGGGCCAUUCCAUUUUUUUUUUUUUUUUUUUAAGUGCUUUUUUAAUAGCAACUUGUGAAUUUAGAUGUAUGUGACCAAGUGACUUUUAUUUUUUUUUUCUCUCUCUCAGAAUUUCAGUACAAUGGACUCAUGUUAACAAUUGUGUGGUAGUUUGUCCGUAGGCUAGUUUGUCCAUGCAAUAUCUGUAAACCUCAAAAAAGAUCCAACUAUGUGAUGCUCUUGAUGCUCCUGGUUAGCAGUGUAUUCACUGGAGUGUUCAAUUAUCUGUCAGCAUCGAAAUGUGGCUGUGCUGCACCUUUCCCCAAUUUCUUUUUAUGUUUUUUCACAUCCACUUCCUGUUUCCUACUCCGCUAAAGUCAACCCCCCCAUCAGUGUCACCAUGGUAACCGUGGCACAGCCCCUCUGACUUCAUCACCAGGUGGAUUAUAUGUUUGGCAUUGCUUAGCGUUUUCCUCGGUAGCCAAUCGGCACAUAAUAUAUCAACAUAUCAGUCGCAAAUGAUGUCAAAUUUGGAUUUCCAUGUACCAAGUACAUAUCAACUUAGUAAAUGCUGCAAAAGUAUAAUCCUACUAAAAUAUAUAUAUAUAUGUAUUUAGGGUGAAUACCUGAUUAUAACCAAUACAUGAGUAUAGAUGAAGUAGGAAAUGAAGAGGCAGAUAUUGUGUGAAGGUAUUCAGCAUGUAAUGCUAACCGUCAAUUAAAAUUCAUUCAAACAAGAGUAUCAUUUUCCCUUAAGGAUAAGACUGUGUUUUUUGUUUUUUUUCAUUUUAUUCGGUUGUAAAUAUGUAUUUUGAAUAUAUAUCACUGUGUUUUGUUUUGAACUUGAUUAAUUUAUUUAAUGCCUAUAUAUUGUUGUUUUUACGUGUCCCGAUUUUGUUUUACUAACUGGAAACAAAUCAAGGGGAGGAAAACGUGUUGCUUAUCUAAUGUUAAGCGGACCAUGCAUCAACACUUUUAUAAUUCAUGUUCUUCUUCAUUCCCGUUUUGCUGUUUCAGCUUAAGGUGACGAUUUUACAAAAGAAAAAAGGAAAAAAAAAAGUGAUAUUCAUUUCAUUGUAUUUACUGAUAUGUAACAUAUUAUGUUUUACUGUGUCGUAUUUGAUCAGAUGUGUCGUGGUCACUGCUCGUAAAAUGAUUUUAUUCAGAGAGUUUCCAAAUCAUGACAAAAGAUAAAAGCAGUCACAAAGUCAUAAUCGGCCAUUUCGUUCGUACGAGACAUGUUGUCACUUGCACAUUGCACCAAGAGCAGGAAAGUUAAAGAGUAUAGGCUAUAGCAUCUUAAAAGGUUGGACUAGGUGUGUAUAGAAAGUUCAAGAAAUGUUGAACCCUGAUUUGUAGAGUGUCUUCGAUCGUUAGCAGUGUUUUCAUGAAGAAUAUUUUCUCAUUCUAUUCUCUUAAAAAAAAAAAAAGACAACCCACUGACCAUAAAAAAAACA